UUCAGUGGCACAGUCCGACGGUGGCCAGAACAGUCCGAAACGUAUAUAAGGAAAAGUGUCGUGUGGUAAAAAUUUGGUUUCGCUUUUAACUGCGCUCUCUGGCGAAACCCAUCGCAUUUCGCUUGCAAAACUGGUCCAAAUCGUGCGCUCCUCGGCGACUGCGGCGGUCCUUGCCUCGAAACUGCGGACAAUUCCGGUGUGCGUGUUCCCUCCCGAUCGCGGAUCUUCCGAGCGAUUUUCAGGCCAAAUUUUGCAAUCCGACGACUGUUGCGAAGUGGAAAAAAAGAAGCAGUAAUCACCGUGCCCCUUGUCCGGGUGUGUGAGCGUGAGUGUGUGUGCGCGCCCCAUCGGAAUAAUCUGUCUCAUCCGUUCCGUCGACCCUGUUGCGCGCUUCCCCUUCCGUUGGCCUCGUUUUGGUCUCACGUAUGAAGUCACUUCCGGUUUAGCCGCGGUUAAUUGACAGAUUCUGGAAUUUAGGGAAGUCAUUCUGCAAGGAAAGGUUUGCUUUUGCAUCUCCCGCACUAGUCCGGAAGUAGGAGCACCUUCACCGGGAACACUAACGGUCCCCUCUCCAGAAUGGCACUUAGCCAGACGUCGGUGCUGAAACUGUACAACACCGUGAUCGAUGACGUCAUCGCCGGCGUUCGGGAUGCCUUCCUGGACGAGGGCGUCGACGAGCAGGUGCUGCAGGAGAUGAAACAGGUCUGGACGGCCAAGCUGAUGGCGAGCAAGGCGGUCGAGACGGCACCGGAACCACAGGACCAGCACCCGCCCUCCAUUUUGGCCAACAGCAACAAGUCGGUGUCGCACUCUAAGUCCAACGGUACAAAGAAGUCUAAAGCUGCGGCUGCAGCAGCAGCCGCCGCCGCCGCUGCUGCCAACCAGGACGCACAGAACGGAACAACGGCAAAGGGCACUACCUCGACGGCUCCGGCGAACGUUCCCCAGAUCAAACCCGAGCCCGACCUACAACCCGUUCAGCAACAACAGCAGCAGCAGCAAAUGCAACAACUAGUACAACCACCACCCCUAGCUCAGUCACAGUCCGCCGUACAACAGCAGCAGCACCAGCAUCAACAGCUGUCCCAACCCGCACAGCAGCAGCAAGCUCCGGCUCAACCCCCGGCACCGCCCGCCGCCGUCGUUGCCGCGCUCGACCCGAACAAGAUGGUCGCCAUCCAGAUUACGCUGCCGGCACAGCCGGGCGUGCCCAACUCGCAACCCCGGGUGCUGACCAUCCAGGUGCCGGCGUCGGCCCUGCAGGAGAACCAGCUGCAGCAGGUGUUGACGGGACCGAUCAUCACAUCCAUCAUGCCAUUGCCACCGCAGGUUGCCUCGUCCGUGCUGCAGCAGCACGUCAACUCCUAUCUCCAGAACAACACCAUCAACAACAUCCAGAUCCACAAGCAAAUGGACGGUGCCUGUGACUUGCCGGGGGAUGCCGACAUGGCCGAGGUGUCCACGUUGGAUCAACAGCUGGUGACUUCGUUGGCACGCAACAGUCAAGCAGCGACAGCGUCUUCGUCAAGGCCGAGAAGUUCGAAGCAGCUGAAAAGUCGGAAGAGAAUGGUGAUCGAGAUCCGGCACCAGCUUGAUGGCGCGGUGGACACUUCGGACGAGGAAGCCAGUGAUAUCAGCGACGACAACAUUGCGGACGACGACGAUGACGAUCUUAACGAGGAGGACGAGGAGAUUGACGGCGAGGGUGGCGCUGAGGAGGAACCGCUGAACAGCGAGGACGACGUGACCGACGAGGAUGCGUCCGACCUGUUCGAUACGGACAACGUCGUGGUUUGUCAGUAUGAUAAGAUCACGCGAUCGCGGAACAAGUGGAAGUUCUAUCUUAAAGACGGUAUUAUGAACAUUAGCGGUAAGGAUUACGUGUUUCAAAAGUCGAACGGCGAUGCCGAAUGGUAAAGUGAAUGAACUGACUUGAAUCAAAGUUUAAACCGGCGUACUGAAUGUGUAACAUAGCUCAAGGAAGGGCACAUCCGACUAUUAUUUUACUGGCAGAAAGCAAAUUCGCUUGCAAUCAGUUUCCCCUGACUAUCAUCAUGUUUUUUACCUUCUUUUCCAAGCAAAAUAAACAUAAAAUGGGUUGACUACAAACUUAUACAAAAAUAAACCUAUCUAAACUUUUUAACUUAAAAUCGUUCUUAAAUAAUCAACCCUUCGUGCCUUUUUUCCAAUAAAAAAAAUCACGCGCACGAUACAAAAUAAAAUAGUAACAAACCAACAGCCUUACGCAUGUAACGCCAGAAGAUUUCCUUAUUUCCGCAGUAUAACAAAACAAUACACCACAAAACAACACACCAACACACACUGUUUAGUUACUAAGUUAUUCGCCUAAACUGUGAACAGAACGAAAAAUUGUAAAGAAAAACAAUCUUACAAAAAAAACCCAUGUGUAUACUUAGUUGAAUUUCACACUGUAGUCUUUAGUUUUAAUCACAUUUUAUAAAUAUAGUUUGGGCAUGGAAGAGGAGUCAGCGAUCUGACCGGCGAAUAAAAAACACACACAAUUAUUAAUCUGUAAAACAAACAAAAAAAAAUACAAAUUAUCUCAAUGAGGCCGGUUUCGGUCGGAUUCGUCAAGCUUUCCAAAAUCUCUCAUCGACGUUGAUGAGCUUGGAAGCUGGUGAUCCAACACAAUUAUUGUAUAAAUAAAAGCAAUUAAGCAGCA